CUCACAAAUUGUGAAAACAUGAAACUUUUUAGCAUUGUUUUUAAAAGUCAAAUCUAUUAAAUGUUCUGAAACCAUUGAAAAAUAUGAAAACAUCACAAAAUGUCAAAUUAUAAUUUGCAUAUUGGGAGUUGGAGAGUAUGCGGGUGUGAAAGGUGUAACCAGGGCUGAUAUUUUAUUUAUGGUGGGUGCUAUGUACGCCCGCUUUCUACUGAAGUAAAGUCAAUGAUGCUUCGCACACAGGCAGGAAGUCAAGCAAUAAAGCCAAUCAGAAUUACGUUUUUUUUUCAUGCAAAAAAAACUGUUUUACAUGAUCUCAUGUGCGGCUGCCACAUUUCAUUUGCCUGCUGUGUAAUCUUGCCAACUUUGCCCAGUUUAAGAUAUGGCAUCUGAAUGCUGUGUCAGUGUCACCAAAUACUUCCUCUUUCUCUUCAACUUGGUUUUCUUUCUCUUAGGAUCCCUCCUCUUGUCUUCUGGACUAUGGAUGCUUUUAUCAGAUACCAGCGAAAUAAAAACUUUCAUAGAUCCAUUUCGUCCAUAUAUCUCCAUUUCUCUUCUUUCCUACCUGCUGAUCAUCAGUGGCUCUGUGACCAUGUCAUUGGGCUUUUUUGGAUGUCUGGGUUCUCUGAAGACUGUCAAAUUCCUGCUGGCAAUUUAUUUCAUCCUGUUGACGGUUCUGCUCGCGGCUCAGAUAGUGGGUGGUGUUCUUUUCUACACCAUGAAGACUGAGCUGUCAAAGUCACUGGGGAAAGAAACGGAUCUAAUACAGUCAUUUGGUAGGAAUGAUUCCAGUUUUAAAAAGACCAUGGAUUACAUUCAGAGGCAGGAAGAAUGCUGUGGUUGGAAUGGAAAAGAAGACUGGGGAGACUCUAUACCCUGUUCCUGCUAUCAUAAAGCAAAUGAAACCAAAGAAUUAUGUGACAAUUGUUCCCCAGAUUUUUUUUCCCCAGUAUUAUCCUGCAAGAUUUAUGAUGAGGGUUGCAAGGACAAAGUAGAGAACUGGCUGGGAUCUAAUCUUCAUUUCAUUUUAUGGGUUAUUUUGGCCAUUUCUGUGGUGGAGAGAUUUCACUGUGGAAUACUGGCAAGAUAUGUGGUAUGAUCCUUUCGAUGUCUCUGUAUAAAGGAGGUUCGGUGGAUUACAGAAACAUCUUACUCUAAGAAGAGCAGGAUCUAUGAGGAGGAAAAGUCAAGUAUUAAUGUUCAGUCUUUCUCAAAUUUGGUCUUUGUUUAUUUUUUGUUGUGUUUUUAAUGAGGAUUUUUUUCUGUAAAGUAUUUGAUUGGUUAAUGUGGAUUUUUCUUAAUCUUUCCUUGUAAUUCAGGCUUUUACUUGAGUAAAAUCAGUUCAACCCGUUCAUGCCGUUUUUAAAUGAUAUAUACUUUACUUAUUGAGUUUUGUAACAUGCAUGUGAUUGAGAGUUUUCUCAUUUGUUCAUGUUAGCCACUGGGUCAGAAAAGACUGGGAACAUUUGGGUGGGACAGUGUAAUAUUUCACUAUUGUUGAGCACACAAAAGGAAAUGACCUCAAUAAUGUGGUGAUGUGAGAGAUACUGUUCUCAUAAACAUGUCUUUUCUUAAAUAUUAAAUUUUUAAAAUGUCCUUAAUGUUCUGGUGUUGUUUUUUGUUAGUUAAGAUGAUGAAAAGAAGUAUUAUAAAUUGGCCCUUAAAUUUAAGUUAAACUACAACUAUACUUAAACUUUAGUAAACUGUGCAAGUAUCCAUAUAGGUAAAACUACUGUAAAAAAAAACAUUACAUUAAAAAAGUUUAUUUUAACGCAAAAAAGGCUGUAUUUAUUUAUUUUUUAUCUAAAACUAUGUGGUACAUACAACAUUUAAUACACACAAACACACACACACGCACAGCAUUUUUUUUUUUUUUGUUAGGACAGGGAGGAGGACACUUGUUAUCAGGUGUCAUAUAUAACAAGUGUCAUAUAUUAACUGAUUAAUUCAAGGGAAACACUACAGACAAAGAAGUUUGAAAAAGUUGAAAGAUGGGAUCCCGCACACUGGUUCUGGUCGUGUUUUUAGGUGCCCUCUGUGUUGCACAGGCACUAAUAUGCAACUUCUGCAAGAAGAUAGACAAAAUGAAUCCCACCUGCGAUGAGCUGGAGGUGAGAGAGUGCUCCAGUCUUCAGGAUACCUGCAUUAGGAUCAAUAUGCAUUCACCAGCAUAUGGUGAGGUGCGCAGAUGUGCUACAGAAAGAGAGUGUCGGACUGCAUUGCCUCCUCAGGUGGAGAGACACUGCUGCAACACAGACUUCUGCAACUGAUCUGCUCCAGCAGACUAACAUAUAUAGCCUGUGAUCAUCUAAAAAUGCCUAAAACGGACAGCAAUCAUAAUCACUAAUGGUCUUUAAUUUAAUAGAUGUGUUUUGAUUUUAGUAGCGAUACUAUAAAGCAAUAAAUCUGGCCAGCAAAAGAAAAA